GAAAUUCACAAUGGCGGAAACGUCGGAGUUGAAGCAUAUGGUUAUGAGUUUUCGAGUGUCUGAAUUGCAAGUUUUGUUGGGUUUUGCGGGAAAGAACAAGAGUGGACGUAAACAUGAACUCCAGGCACGAGCUCUUCAGCUUUUAAAAAAUGGCUGUGACACGCCAGUGCAAAUAAAAAUUAAAAACUUGUACAGAAGGCGGUAUCCACAUAAGUUUCAUGUGAUAAGUCCACCUCAUGCGACAAUGUCAUCAUCAACAACAACAACGUCGUCGUCAUCAUCAAAUACACAGUAUUCCACAAAUUUUAGAUUACAACCAACACAUUCACAAGGACUAUUGAACUUAAAUAACACUGCAUCGUCAGGAUCACAAUCAAGUUCACUGCCAGUGCAUCCUGAUGUCCGGUUAAAACAUUUACCAUUUUAUGAUGUAUUGGAUGAUUUGAUCAAACCAACAAGUUUAG